CAAAUAAUAGAUGGAACUUUCAGAAGCAAUCUUUCCCAAGCCGAAUGGUUGUUGGCUCAAACUUUCCCAGGCUCGAAUUAUGAUGAUACACAAAAUGAAGAUCGGAUUUAUUUUUAUUUUAACCUACAUGUGCUUCCUCACUCCUGUCCACCAAGCACAACUUCCAGAUGCCACCCUCUCAGAUCUUUCCUUCAAAAAUAUGGACUUUGCCAUGAACCUUUACAGAAAAAUAUCCAGCUACCAUGACAAGAACAUCUUUUUCUCACCUCUGAGCAUCUCUACCAGUUUUGCUGCUCUCUUAAUGGCUUCUGACGGCGUCACACAUGAAGAGUUACUCAAGUGUCUCAACCUGGAGCAGCUGGAGAGAGCUAACCAGCCAGAACUUAUCCCAAAACUUUUCCAACUCCUUCAUGAGAACAUCACACAGAACGGAACACUGAAACUGGAUGAAGGCAUGGCCCUGUUUGUGCAGCGGCAGUUUGAGGUAGAGCAGAAAUUUGAAAACCAGAUCAAGAUGUUUUUCGAUGCUGACAUCAAAACUGUAGACUUUGCAGACAAAAAAGGAAGUGUCAGACUCAUCAAUGAGUACAUCAAGCAAAAGACAGAGGACAAAGUGACAGGGAUGGUUUCAGACCUGGAUCCACUGACCCAGCUCAUGUUAAUCAAUACAAUUUUCUUCCAGGGAGCCUGGCAGAUGCCUUUUGAUGCCAAUUUCACUCAAAGUGCACCCUUCUACAUUGACAACUACAAUGUUGUGCAAGUGCCAAUGAUGUUUAAAGAGGAUAAGUUCCACAUUAUGGAGGAUAUCUCUCUUGGAGCCAAAGUGCUGAAGUUACCAUACCAGGAAGGGGUUUCCAUGCUUAUCCUGCUACCCAACAAAGGCAUGGACUACACUGUAAUCGAUGAUGAGAUCAGUGCUGAGAAGUUCCUCAGCUGGGUCAGGAAGCUGCAAAAAACCAAACUGGAAGUCAAUCUGCCUAAGUUCAAGAUGGAGCAGUCGUAUUCUCUGCAAAAUCUUCUACCAGAAAUGGGCAUGGCCAGUAUCUUCAGUAAUUCUGCCAAUUUGACAAGGCUGAGUAAGAACGCAAGAAUCCAAGUGUCAGAGGUGCUGCACAAAGCUGUGAUUGAGGUGGAUGAGACAGGGACCACUGCAGCAGCUGCCACGACAAUUGGCAUUACUCCAUAUUCCUUACCCAGGACCUUCAUCAUCAACAGGCCGUUUUUCUUCUUCAUAUAUCAUGAAGACACAAACUGUCUGCUGUUCAUGGGUAGGGUGAUUGACCCCACCAAAAACUAGCUGUUCUGAAGUGCUUACACAUGACAUUGUGUUUACUCAGGCUUCCAAAAGGCUCGAUGGUUCGAAAUACUUGUUUUGGUCAGCUCUGUAAAAGCCCACAUAUAUGUGAUGAAUACUAAUAAAGACUUUACAUUGA